AGUUGGAUCUUUGCUAGAAAAUGGCCAGAUUUCUUUCAAGGACCUCAGCUGGGAUUAUUAUGUGGUUUCCUGUCUAUAUCAGCAUGGAUGAUUGUUAUUUCUCCACUUGUGGUGUUUGUGAUAUGGGGAUGCUGGUUGAUCUUAAUAUUGGGUCGAGAUAUAAUUGGUCUGGCUGUAAUAAUGGCUGGCAUUGCUCUUCUUUUGGCAUUCUAUUCCAUCAUGCUUUGGUGGAGAACACAAUGGCAAAGCUCAAGUACGUAUUUCCUCAAUGGUGGAGUGUUGCAGAGGGUCUGGCAGUUGUGCUGGUGUAUGUGGGUUGCAGCUGGUGGGCGUGGCAGCAGUGGUUGAUUGCAGAUAGAGGGGUGGGCAGUGGUGGUGGUGAAUAUGGGGUGCAGCUGAACCCAACUACAAUUUCACAGAAAGGCAACAAAACAGUAACACUAUUUAGCAGCAAAGCAACACAGCCACAACCGGAACAAAGCAACACAGCCAUAACAGGAAAAAGCAACAGUGUCAACAAUCACAGCAACAACAUGGCAAUUUGGGCUCAACACAGCAACAACAGAAACAAAAUCAGUAUCAGUAAUGGAGAUUGUAGGCAUGGCGAAGUGAAGGCGAUGGUUGAUGACCUGCAAUCGCAUCCAGCAGUGAUCUCUAGUGAAAAGUUGCACUGCACUCCCUUGUGGUUUGUGGCUGUACUUCACAAGUGGUUUGAGACACUUUGGUUGGUGAUUGGCAAAUCCGGUUGUUGGACCGUGCACAUUGGCCUAGCCGAGGGACCAAUUGGGGCUGUUGCUGUUCUUCUUCUUCUGGCUGUUGCCUUGCUUUGUGCAUAUGAACUCUGUGCUGUCUAUGUCACAGCUGGUGCAAGUGCCUCAGAGCGUUAUUCACCUUCAGGCUUUUUCUUUGGCGUGUCAGCAAUUGCUCUGGCAAUUAAUAUGCUCUUUAUUUGCAGAAUGGUCUUCAAUGGGAAUGGCUUAGAUGUAGAUGAAUAUGUGCGGAAGGCCUACAAAUUUGCAUAUUCGGAUUGUAUUGAAGUGGGUCCUGUGGCCUGCUUACCGGAACCGCCAGAUCCCAAUGAGUUAUAUCCUCGACAAUCUAGAAGGGCUUCACAUCUAGGGCUCCUCUAUCUUGGCUCCCUUGGGGUACUUAUUGUGUAUUCCGUCUUGUAUGGUGUGACAGCGAAGGAUGCACAUUGGCUCGGUGCUAUCACAUCAGCUGCUGUAAUUAUUCUUGAUUGGAACAUGGGGGCCUGCUUAUAUGGGUUUAAGCUUCUUAGAAGUCGUGUUGCUGCACUUUUUGUUGCUGGCAUGUCUCGAGUCUUCCUCAUUUGCUUUGGAGUUCACUACUGGUAUUUGGGACAUUGCAUUAGUUAUGCAGUCGUAGCAUCUGUUCUGUUAGGUGCUGCUGUUUCCCGCCAUUUAUCAGUUUCGAAUCCACUAGCUGCAAGGAGAGAUGCCUUACAGAGUACUGUAAUUCGCUUGAGAGAGGGUUUCCGCAGAAAAGGGCAAAACAGUUCAUCUAGCUCUUCUGAAGUCUGUGGUUCAAGUGUGAAACGAAGUAGUAGUGCUGAGGUUGGUCACCUUGGGAAUGGUACAACACAUUGCAUUGGUGAUGCUAAUAGCUGGAAUAAUGUCGAGGGCAUUAAUAGUGACAAGAGCAUAGAUAGUGGAAGGCCAAGUACAGCAUUACAUAGUAGUUCCUGUCGCUCAAUAAUUCAAGAAGCCGAAGUAGGAACUUCAUAUGCUGAUAGAAAUUUUGACCACAAUGGCUCUUUGGUAGUCUGUUCUAGUAGUGGGCUUGAAAGCCAAGGUUGUGAAUCUAGUGCUUCAACUUCUGCAAAUCAACAAGCACUAGACUUGAAUUUAGCUCUUGCAUUCCAGGAGAAGAUGUAUGACCCAAGGAUUACAUCUUUGUUGAAGAGGAGAGGAAGACAAGGGGAUCUUGAACUGACUAGCUUACUGAAAGAUAAAGGCUUAGAUCCUAAUUUCGCUGUUAUGUUGAAGGAGAAUGGAUUGGAUCCAACGAUACUUGCAUUACUGCAGAGGAGCAGCUUGGACGCAGAUCAUCACGACGAUACUGCUAUAACUAUCGCUGACUCAAAUAGCGUUGGCAAUGCAUUGCCUAAUCAAGUUUCACUAUCAGAAGAACUUAGGCUUCGAGGGCUAGAAAGGUGGCUUCAAUUUUUUAGAUUUGUAUUGCACCACAUAGUGGGUACUCCAGAGAGAGCAUGGGUUCUCUUCAGUUUUAUCUUUAUCAUCGAAACCAUCGUCGUUGCUGUUUUCCGCCCAAAAACAAUAAAAAUUAUAAAUGCCAUGCACCAGCAGUUUGAAUUUGGUUUUGCAGUGCUGCUUUUAUCUCCAGUUGUCUGUUCAAUCAUGGCUUUCCUUCAGUCUCUUCAAGCUGAAGACAUGACCUUGACUUCAAAACCCCGGAAGUAUGGAUUUAUUGCCUGGUUGCUGAGCACUUGUGUUGGUUUGCUGCUUUCCUUUUUGAGGUAA